AUGGCCGUCGUCAAGAGCUCCAACCCUAGUGCCAACGAGCGGCGGACGGCAGAGUUCCACCCAACUGUGUGGGGAGACUUCUUUCUCACCCAUGCCUUCAACGACCAAGAGACGGUGAAUGGGUGGAUCGCGGGGAUAGAAGCGCUGAAGGGAGAGGUGAAGGCGAUGAUAUCAGCUCCGGCGACGUCGGAGAAACUGUCGGAGAAGCUGCUGCACCUGAUCGACGUGGUGGAGCGGCUGGGGAUUGGGUACCAUUUUGAAGCCGAGAUUGACGAGCAGCUGCAGCAGAUCUACGUUGGGAUGAAUCGUGACGAUGAUGAUGAAGACGAUCUCUUCACAGCCGCACUUCGGUUCAGACUGCUCAGACAACAUCGUUACAACGUGUCUAGUGACAUAUUCAACCGAUUCAAGGACGAAGAAGGAAGGUUCGACAAAAAACUGGGGAACAACGUGCAAGGUAUGAUGAGCUUGUACGAAGCUGCGUAUCUCCAGAUGCCUGGAGAGACGAUAUUGGAAGAAGCCAUGGAAUUCGCAGAAGGUCACCUUACCAAGUACACCAUGGCAGAUGGUGGUGAUGAUCAGUAUGAUGAUUUGCUGUCCAAAAGGAUUGCUCAUAUGUUGAAAAGGCCCUUGCGUAAAGGCGUCGAAAAGCACGAACAGCUCUUCUUCAUCUGGGCAUACGAGCAAGAGAAAGGCCACAAUCAAACCCUACUCAAGCUUGCCAAGUUGAGUUGGAAUCAUCUGCAACACUUAUACCAACAAGAGCUUAGAUCCCUCACCAAGUGGUGGAUCGACUUGGACUUUGUCACGAAACUACCUUUUGCUCGAGACAGGCUGAUCGAGAUCUACUUCUGGGCCGUGGGAGCCAUGUGGGAACCCAAGUUCACCCUCUCUAGAUACAUUGUAACCAAGCUCACCAUGCUCGUGUCGGUGAUCGACGACAUGUACGAUGUGCACGGUACGAUCGACGAACUCGAGUUAUUCACCUCUGCUAUCGAAAGAUGGGACACCAGCAUGAAGGAUCUUCCUGACUACAUGAGGACAUGUUACGAUGCCAUUAUCGAUGUAUUGGAUGAAGUAGACGCAAUCACGACCAAAGAAGGAAGACCCUACUGUCUCGAAUACGCAAAGGAAGCGCACAAGAAUCAAGUGAGAGCAUACCUAGCCGAAGCAAGAUGGUUUGCUGAAGGGAAAGUGCCAACAGUAGAGGAAUACAGGAGGGUAGGUGUGUAUUCUUGUGCUUACCCUUCUUUAGCAUGCUCAGCUCUCUGCGGUAUGGGUGGGAAGGCACCAAAGGAGGCGUUCGAUUGGUUGUUCUCGGAACCGAAGAUUCUCGUCGCCAUCUCUGAUCAUUGUCGUAUUAUGGAUGACAUCGUAUCUCACGAGUUCGAACAGAAAAGAGGCCACGUCGCUUCGGUGGUUGAGUGUUACAUGAAGCAAUACGAUGUGCCAAGAGACGAAGCAGUUGUUGCAUUGAACAAAAUUGUGGAGCAUGACUGGAAAGAAAUCAACAGAGAAACCUUCAACCAGCCUGGUUUCAUCUCGAACGAGGUUAUGUCGAUGCUCGUGGGGCUCGCGAAGGUGAUGGAAGUUCUGUACAAGGAUUUCGAUAGCUAUACCUUCUCCGAGACCGUCACCAAGGAUAUGAUGACUGCUCUUCUCGUCACUCCUAUGGUUUUGGACGUUUGA